AUGUAUAUCGACGGCUACUCCGCUUGGAUUACCGUCCCCGGGCCUGAACACGAGCUCCGCGAGUUCGACGUCGCCGUCGAUGAAUAUAACCGAAAAUCAACAUGUUGGAUCCCAAGCAUAGAAGGAAUGAGAUUCUCCGUGCAUUGGAUGGAUCACGGCCACAGAAUCGCCACCGCCACAUUCAUAAAGUUGGACGGCUACACCGUUCCUGGACAUUUCCUGAUGGGCUCGGGCGAGGCUGAGCGGUCAGACAUUCGAGUGGGCAUUACGACCGUGAGGCCGUUUCAGUUUCAGAAGGUCCCAGAGGGUGCUAUUCCGAAGGACACCGAUCCCACUGAGCUGGGCACAAUCAUUGUCAAGAUUAAGCGUGUCUCGAUCGUUGGCAAGCAGGGGAAGAAUGCUCCGCUCGUGCCGAGGCCACCAAUCGGCGGGAAGAGGUCAAUAGGCGCGGAAGAUCCGGUUGGGAUUGGCUACGGAAACGAGGAGAUGGGUCAUGUCCAGAUGCCUAUGACCUGGAAGGUCAGACCAUGGGACAGGUCGAACCCCGGUACAUACGCGACAUUCAUCUUCCGUUACCGGACACGCCGUACGUCCCCUUCAUUGAACUCAAACCGUCAGUAUCGCUGA